AUGCAUCUCCUUCGCACAGCAUGGCUCCUCGCCAUAACCGCCGCUGCGUCGCAACGACGCAUGUCAACCCUCAUGCUCGACAGCAUCGUCGCCCGUAAACAAGGCGUCGUCGACUCGGGCGCAGCGAGCAGCACUCUUGAGAGUGGCAUCCUCGCCCAGGCAAUCGAGGACAUUAUUACUCUGUACCCAAAUACCAAAUGCCACUAUAACCACUACCUCUCCUUGGUUCUAGACACUGCCUCGGCAAAUCUAACCAAUGCCACCAUCGCUGCCACGAAACCACUUGAUCGAUUCUCUCUCGCAACAGCCAUCCACACCGCACUCACAUCAAAAAUCUCUCCCAUUACUGCGCGAUCCCAAAAAGCCUACCAGGCAAUUCAUGCCUCCCUGGCACUACAGGCCAGAAACCCCGAUGGAGGGCUAUGGUACUACGUCUACCCAGAAUGGAGCUACCUAGACGGCAUGUUCUCCCUCUUACCAUUCAUGUCUGCCCUCCCGCAUAGGAACCAUACAGACAUGCUUCUCCAAAUGAACCUACUCCGCGACCACUGCACCCAAAAAAACACGUCACUCUUAUUCCACGGCUACGACUACUCCCGCCGUGCCGUCUGGGCAGACGCGAUCACCGGUGCAAGCCCAUACGUCUGGGGGCGCUCCCUAGGCUGGUUCCUCGCCUCUCUCGUCCAAACCUGGGAUAAACUAUCCUGCCAGACCGUCCAACGUGCCCAACUCGUCCCGCUGUGCAACUUAACCAAAGACAUUACCCUCCAGCUAUCCCAUUCUCUCGUCCAGCACGCUGACCCCGAGACCGGCGCGUGGUGGCAAAUCGUUACGCUGCCUGGUAAAAAGGGAAACUAUCUCGAGAGCUCGAGCACGGCCCUCUUUAUAUUCUCCUUGCUUAAAGCGCUACGCAUUGGGCUUCUUUCCGCAUCACACCAGCCCGACUAUAAAAAGGCUGCGCUAAAGGCGUACGAGUAUACUUUGCGCCGGUUUAUUACGGAUACAGGCAACGGCACCAUUGGGUUUGAUAAGACGGUUUCUGUAUGUAGCUUGAACUCGACUGCCUCGUUUGAGUAUUACACCACGCGGCCGAUCUUGCCGAACAGUUUGCUGGGGGAAUCGGCUUUUAUUUUGGCGGCGUUGGAGGUGGAGAGGUUGACAUGA